AUGAUUUAUUUGUUUUUAUCACGUUCAAUAGCAUGGCCAAUAAAUAUAUUCGGUUCAAAUUCAAAUAAUAAACCAGUAUCGAUUUUGGAUGAUGAAUAUCAAAGAAAAAAAAAUCUUGAUGAAUCACCACCAUUAAUUUCAAAUAAAGAUCUUAUAGCAAAAACUGAAUUAUCAAAAAAUAUGGAUCAAACAAAUUCUUUAAUUAAAACAGAUAGAAUACCAAAUCUUCCAUCACCUAAUGUUUUAUCAUUAUUAGGAAAACAUUAUUUGACAAGAGAAGAUCUAGAAAAUUUAAUACAAACUCGAUUUAAACAAGAAACACCACGAGAUCGUGUUGAAAGAUUUCUUUGGAAAGAUGAAUUAGGUAAAUAUCCAAUCUAUGCACAGAUUAAAGAUUGGCAAUGUACUGCUAUUGCUAUGGGACUUGGUUGUUUAUUUGGAUAUAAUCGAAAAGAAGAAAUGAAACCUGUUUAUAUUCGACAAACUUCAAUGUUAAAAUUUCAAGAUCGUCUAACGGCUGAGAGAGCUUAUCGACAAUUUAAUGUAGUGAUGUUUAUGAAAGAAGCAUAUAGAAUUGCCAUCAUUGUUCUAUUUAUUACUGAAACGUUUAUGACAAGUCAAUAUGCGAUUCAAGCUUAUCGUAAUAAAUCAACAAUAUAUGAUUGUGUACCAGGUGGUGCAUUUGUUGGUUUUGCACUUAAAAUGUUUCAUAGUCCAUUAGCAGCAUUCGUUUCGACGAUACAAGGCAGUAUUAUGGGAUUUAUGUAUGGUUUUGUUCAUAAUGUUGGUUGUCGAAUAAUUAAUCGUACUUAUGAAGAUUUACACUAUGAAUCAGUAACGAACUAUAUUCUACAGCGAGAAAAUGCUGAAUUAUGGAGUGCUGAAUUAGAAGAAUUACCACCAGCUUAUAUACGACCAGAACCAGAACGAACAUGGGGUCUUGGAUGGUUUAAAUCAUAG